UCGUUCUGCUCCAAGUGUCGAGAAUACUAGCAGCCGUGUGCCAACGAAAACCGACAGUUUCCGCGUGGACUUCGUCGUAACGGGUAGCAGGCUCGAUCGUGCGCCUCCUCUUCAUCCUCUUGAUACGGCUUUACCAGCGUCGCGUUGUGCGUGUUCUCUCUGUGUGUCACGAGGAAAAUGCGGUCACACAGUGUCCCCGUGUGCUUUGUUUACGUUCUACUAAGUGGUCUGGUGUUAUCUACAAGUAGCUCUGCAGAACCGUCGCCAGACUCGAACUCAACGAAAAUUGUAAUAGAAGAAGAAGACGAAUCGUUCCCAGAAAUAACAUUAGCCGAGUUCAAAGAAAGAUACAGGAGGUUAAUACCAUACAUGACCUAUUACGUAGCCAAUAAUUACGUCAACGCACAAAGCGCGGUACAACCACAAAACCCCUCAUUGAAAGAUUUUCAAACAAAUCACUUAGUCAGAAACAACCAACCAUAUGCUAGAGUAAAUAAUCUACCUAAGGAAAGUAACAAUUACCGCGUGAACGUACAAAAUCAGGAAAAAAAGUUCGUUCCUUCCGUGCAAUUUGAUCCUCGCAAUGUGGGUGGUGACACAGACUACUUCGCCCCCGUCAAAUACACCUCGAAGUUUGCUUACGAGGAUUAUUCCCUGCCCUAUCAGUUGUAUCGAGAUCAGAAGGCAUCCUAUCCUGAAAUAACAACGGCAUCCAGUCAGAUCACACAAAAGGAGAACAGGUACUACGCAAACGUGAGACCAUUACGACCUUACACGACAAAUGGCAGAGAUAACUUGCCUAGGAAACAACUAGCUAAACCUAUACUCGCUAACGUUCAAGACGAGUACGUGCUGGAUUACAACAUAAGACCAACUGGUAAUCCUGCCAUUCAUUAUCCUGUUAAAGACAUUCAAGGACAUCGAUAUCCACCCCCGUAUUCUGACGUACAAGUAUUAGAUUCUGUACCAGAGAAACAACCCCCGAUACUGCCUCCAUCACAUCGGAAUCCGAACGUGAAUCUGCAGCAAAUAAUCGACAGCUUUUUGCUAAGCGAAAGAUUGCCAGAAAUGUUAAAUAAGGAUAACCUAGAUAACAGUCUGAAGACUCUGGUGGAGAUAUUGAACAUUCUCCACAACACAAGGAAAGACGAAUUGCCGAAAAUCCAGGCACUUCCCCCAAGAUUGCCACAAAAGGUUCGAAAUUACAAGGUACGACCACAAACAAGGCCAAAAGUGAUAACCGAAAGUCGGUUUCAAGCAACACCGAAUCCUCUGUACUUAACCGAUGACCCUGAACGCUAUAAAGUCACCAAAACAUCGUACGACGAGGAACCGAAACCUAAACCGUCUCAAUCAAAUUACAACACGAAUGGUCUAAUUAGCAACAAGGUAGUGGAAUAUUACAUUCCUGUGGUGCAGGAGAUCCCAACAAAGAACAAAGACAUAUUUCUACCGACCAAUAGUCCACAGAUUGAAGGAGAUCAAGUUGAUCAUUCUUAUGAAAUUACGGAGGACCUUAACGACGACAUUAUGCAACAAGAAAGGUUUACUGUUCCAUCGGUAACCACUGAAAGCCCAGUUUACAGUUACACGGAACCUAACGAAAUUUCGACAUCGCAUAAAACUGAACCUCAGGUCAAAUAUGGUGCUACAAGAGGCAAAGCUAAUGUUGAUUAUCCAGCAUAUGCCAGUAUACCGGCUACAAGUUUCAGCUGCAAACAACAACGAUACAAGGGGUUCUUUGGUGACCCAGAAACUGGCUGUCAGGUGUGGCACUACUGUGACCUUAACGGUGGUAAAUCGUCAUUCCUAUGUCCAAAUGGUACCAUAUUCAGUCAAGUAGCGUUAACCUGCGAUUGGUGGUUCAAUGUUAAAUGCGAAACAACGACUCAAUUAUAUGUGUUGAACGAACGGUUGUACAAAUAUAUUCUACCAGUAAUGCCAAAGUUCCCAGAAGAUUUUACUGGACCGGAAGUCGAUCGUUACUUGGAGCUCAAAUUCAAAGAGAUGGAAGCAAAAUUGAAGGAGAAGAAAUUGAAGAAGCAACAGGAAGACAAGGAAAAGCUCAAAGACAAACCACAACCGGCAAAAGAAAAUGAAUAAUUGCUCUAUCUAGGAUGUAAUUAAGUUACUGUAUACUUGUUGCCAUUAUUUGUUAUAAAUAGCAACAAAUUUAUUAUAUGUUGCGCUGGCUGUAUCAGUGUAUGUAGAGAAAAUUUUAUGAAACUCGAAAAAUGUGCAAUAUUUUUAUAUUAUAGUUUUGAAUGUGAUUUUUAUAUUUAGUUUGCUAUAAGUAAAAUUUGACAUAAGGUGUUUAAGUUACAAACAAAAAUCAAAUUGUGUUUUAUUAAGAUAUUAUGCAAGCGUAACAACAAAAUGAAUUAUUUCAACAUGCAUAAAAUAGUUAAACAUGUCAGAAACAAAUAAGUAUAAAAUAACUGAUACAUAUGAGUAAGUAUUUUGUUUCCCUCUAGUCAUAUUUGUACUGUUUACUUAUUUAUGCCCGAAUGUACUUUUAUUACUUUACAGAAAAUUUUUGUAUUCAUGCAUACAUUGUAAAGACAUUUAUGGUUAUGUUUAUAAACAUAUCACAUAUAC